UUUAAAUAGUAAUCGAAACCUGAGGAUAUGUUUAAAAGUUAUUUCCCUUCAUAUUUUUCCCUCUCUUUCAAGAAAUAUAUAAUUCAUCUUUCUUUCUCCUUCAGAGUAAAGCGAUCGAAGCAAAAUAUAAUUAUGAGAGUCUGAGAGAGUAACAAUGGAGCACGAUAAUGAGGACAAGAAGCAUAUUCCUAUAGACGAAGAAGACAUUGCGAUUCUCAAAACCCAUGCAUUAGGACCUUAUGAUGCUGCUAUAAGGAAACUGGAAAAAGAGAUAAAAGAAAGGGAAAAGAAGAUCAACGAUAUAUGCGGGGUGGAAGAAUCUGACAUGGGUUUGGCUCCACGAAGCCAGUGGGAUCUUGUCGGCGAUGAAGAAAUGAUGGAUGAAGAACAAAAUCUGCGGGUAUCUGAUAUUUUCUCACUCAGAGUCUUCCAAAUUCAGCGAUGUGAUGGAUAUACAAGGUUCUUGAUAAGAUUUUCGUCAUUUAGGUUUUUACAUGCACGGCGAUACUCAAUCCAAACUCUGAAGAUGCUAGAUAUGUCAUUCAGACUAAAAACUCGCGGAAGUACGUUGCUUCUCUGAGCAGCAGUCUCUCUCCAACCGACGUGUGGGGUUAGUUCUUUGUUUCAUGUACAAACAGAGCAAUGUUACG